AAUCGUUUCUUAUUAAUUUUGAAGACUUUUGAUUAUUUUCAUUCUUUUGGUACUUUGUUUUAGAGCGCUUCAUCGGAUUUGGGUAAUUUGAGGCCAAACCCAAACCCAAAUCCAAAUCCAAGUCCAAAUGAAACCCAAAUCUUUUUACACCAAAUCCCAAAGGUUUGGAUUUGUUGCACCCCUAGUAUCAUCAACAGUUAGAACAUGCAUUAGCACAAGAAGUAGAAAAUCGAGAAUGGCGUGAAAUCGAGAAACAACGAAUUUUAGAAAUCAAACGUGAUACACGUAGUUAUUGGGGUACAAAUGCGUUAGCUGCAUCCUAUCGUGAAAUAGAAAUUCAUCCAGAUUUCCCUGAAUUCAAUAUCAUCAAUGAAUUACUGAAUAGUACGAUUGAGAGUCAUGGUAAUGAAUAUGGAACGAUCUAUGGAAAGGAUCCGACGGAAUUGGAGAACUCGGAAAGUUCAAAAUAUUUGAAAGAUUACCCGUUACUAGUACCGUUGUUAGAUACCAAUGCAAAUGAAUAUUGGCUAUUUCAUGGUACUGAUGCUGACAUAAUACCAUUCUUGUUACUGACUGGUUAUGAUCCUCGAAUUUCAAGUUUAAAUGGAAUGUUUAGGGGUGGAUUUUAUUUAGCAGAAAACUCAAGUAAAUCGAAUCAAUACAUUCCCUGCCCUGGAUGUAGAAAAAAUGCAAUCUUUUAUGAAAGUGGAUGUAGCUGUACAAAGCAAGAAGAUUUGGAAUUCUCAAUUAUUCUCUAUCGUGCGGUAUUAGGAGAUUUACAUAUAGCAAAGAAAUACAAAAAGGAAACUUAUCGUGGUAAAGAUAAACAUCGAGUGUGUCGCCCACCGUACAAACCAAAUUCAUGCAAUUUGUAUGAUUCGGUAAUGGGUGAAAGUAAAAAAUAUGGUGGAGAUAAAUUAGAAUAUCGCGAAUUUAUUUUAUAUGAAUCUGCCCAAGCUUAUACAGAGUAUGUGAUAAAAUUUAAAAGAUCAGCAGCAAAUAUACAUGCACCCUCAAAUAUGCAACAACUGAAUACUAAAUGGUAUAAUUUUCUCCAAAAUACAUACAAACUAAGACCAGAAUAA